CACUGAGAGAAUCGCAAACCGCCGCAUGAAAUCCCCAUCGCACCCCAGUGUGAUGGCAGCGCCUCUUGCAACGCCGCCGCCACCACCUCUGAUCUCCACAUGGCAACUGAGCCGAAGGCGAGACACGAAUCUAUCGCCGCCCCCUCAUCCCACAAACUACCGGAGCAGCAGCCACCCCCGCAUGAAAUCCCCAUCGCCCCCCAGUGUGAUGGCAACGCCUCUUGCAACGCCGCCGCCACCACCUCUGAUCUCCACAUGGCAACUGAGCCGAAGGCGAGACACGAAUCUAUCGCCGCCACCUCAUCCCACGAACUACCGGAGCAGCAGCCACCCCCGCAUGAAAUCCCCAUCGCCCCCCAGUGUGAUGGCAACGCCUCUUGCAACGCCGCCGCCACCACCUCUGAUCUCCACAUGGCAACUGAGCCGAAGGCGAGACACGAAUCUAUCGCCGCCACCUCAUCCCACGAACUACCGGAGCAGCAGCCACCCCCGCCCGAUCCGACCCGCGUACAUCGACAUCCACAAGCGAAAGGGGAAAGUCGGCGCCACGGCGGCUCCCGUUACCGAUAAGCUUCCGGCGGAGUUCGCGAAUCUCUACAGGCAGGAUGGGCUCGCCGGUGGCCGUUUCAUAAUGCUCGACGGCGACGCCUCGAGCCCGUCUGCGUCCUUUUCCUGAUGGUAUGCAAGUUGAAGGUGGAGUCAAUGCGGAUGAAUUAUCUUGAAAGGGCCAGUCAUAUGUAUCCAUAUAUUUGUGUGAUUCGUAAGUGUUUGAAAUUGAGGAAUUUUCUUUAGAUUUUGAAGUCUUUGCUGCUUACUUCAAACUCUACCAUUAUCACUAUCAUAUGUUCCUGACAUACUGGCAGUUAACUUGAUCAGUAGAACUUUGUUCACUUACCUAUCGUAAUGAUGAGGAGUCAAAACUUCAGAUUAUAAAGUUGGAGCAACCUUAAUUUUCUGAGUCUCCAAUGAACAUUUUUGAAAUAAGAAGCAGAUGUACAAGGAGUUGUUAAUUAAGGAUAUUUGAGAGCCUUCAGACUGUUCAUGGGGCCUGAAACAAAAGUCUGAAGCUAAAAGGAGAGCUUGUGGGAUAUUUGGUUUUAGUCAGGCAGUGGUUCUUCUAUCUUCUUCUGUUAUGACAAUUGGCUUCCUCAAGGCUUUCCUGAGAGAUUUUAGUUAUGCUAGCAGAAAAUUCUGGCAUAAAUAUACAGGUAAAGGCCUCUGAUCUAAUUGUAAAUAACCAAUUGUCCCUGCCUCUUGCAAAUAAUUCGCUACCAUACUUUGGGAGGUGGUAGAGAAAUGCAUAUUAGUGAACAAUCUGAUAUUGCUAGUUGCUUUCUUACAAUGUAUUCAAACUAUCAGUCUAGUAGUUGGUAUAAGUUUCUCUGGCACAGUCAAAGAAGAAGUCCAAGGCAUGCAAUAAUUCAUUGAUCAGCCUUGAAACAUUUCGACUCAGGAUUGCUUUGUGAAAUGCAAUGUGUUGCAGCAAUCCUUGUGUGUUCUAUCCCAUGAUAAUUCUGAAUCUAUCGAGCAUGUUCUUUCAGCCUGCCCUUUUCUGAGUAAUAAUAAGAUUAACUGGCGUGUUCUCAUAUUGAACCAGGAAUUGCAGUGACUAGCCACUAAUGGAUUAAUGAUGGUAUUACAAAUUCCAUGUGGAGAUAUUUUUGCUGCUAUUGUUUGUAUAAAGUUCUCUGAAAGUAAUGGCAACACAUUCAAAAGAAAGUUUGUAUAAAAUUGUCUGUUAUUGUUUGCUGGUAUAGUUUGUUUCGGUAACAUCUUAAGUUCUUGUUCAAUGUCAUUCCAUCCAAAAGUUUAAGCCAGUAGACAAGGCAUGAUCUGAUUUAUAUUCUGAACAUUAUGUUGUUAUAUUUCAUCUACGUUCUUUCCAAGAAUUUUGGUCCAAUUUUCAUUUAUGAACCUUUUAGGGUGAAGUCAUUUCUAAGGCCUUCAAAUUCUUUUUUUUUUUUUUUAGUGGGAUAGAAUUUGGCUUGAGACAUGGUUCAUGAUUCUUUUGUAUGCUUUGAAAAUUGUAACAUCAUGCCAAGUUUGCAAAGUGAUGUGAUUGAGAGAAGUCGGUCAAUGUGCUUGUUAGCCAAUAGCCUGGUAGUUCUGAUUACUGUAACAAGAAACUAGCAUGAAUGGAGUAAUGCUUGUACCUUUUAGCGUGUGCAUAAGUUCAUACUAGUAUCAUCAUGAAGAACUAUCACAUCUUAGAAGUACUUAGUGUUCAUAUAAAGUCACUUUUCUCUUGUUGUACCUCAUGCUGAUAUUACUAUGGACAUUUAGGCUUCAACAUGGACAGCUAUGCUGGCACCCAUGUCUUAUGUUUACAUUAUGUAGUGAUCCAAAUGUGAGGAUGUUUUAGUGUUUCUGAUUUGCUUGCUGAGGUCUAUCGUUAGGGCUCUUUUAACAAUGGAUAUCAUGUUAUUGAUUAUCGUAAGGUUUCGGGUUCGAAUCUCGUCUUUUGCCUUUUACCUUUUGCAAGCAAGGAAAAAGAAAACGAUUUUUGAUAAUUACCAGUGUCAUUUAGGUCUGAGCUGCAUAAGUUCCAAGUUUUAGAAAGCCACAUGAGGGGGAGGAAUACCAUGGAAAUUUAUGGGAAGCAAUCAUGCGUCGAGAUUCAAGAUGCAGUGAUCCCAAGUUCUUAUUGUUUCAUUGUAAUUCCGGUGUGUCGUCAUUGAUAGUCAGUGUGGCACUAUGUCAGAAAUAAAUCAUUUUGUUGUCCUCCACUGCGUGGGAAAAGAUGACGAUAUUCGCAUCCUUUCUGCAAUGCAAUGCAAUGCAUCUAUAUCUUUAUGAAGCAUAAAUGCUCUUGGGAACAUUUGGGAAAUGGAUUCCAGAAGCAGAUUUGGGAACAACAGGAAUCCAAGAAAGAGGAAAGUUGACAUUAGAUUUGUGAGAUGAAGACAGCAGUGAAGCAUUUCUCGGCACUCACAGCCAUUUCUCUUUUUUGUUCUUCUGAAGACCUUGCACUUCCGUUCCUUUUGUCCACAAUCAUUUUUGUAGACAUUGUUAGGCAAUUAUGGAACUGUAUGAUUCUUUAAGCGUUAAAGAUUUUGUCAGUCAUAUGGAAGGUUGUAUCAAAUUGAUAAGAGUGGAUGUGCACUAUCUGGAGACAUAAAUUUAUUCCCUCUUUUUAACUAUAUUCACAAGGGUGAUUUGUAGGAUUUGAAGCUCGAUAUGAGGACCUUUGUAUAGGUUCAAACUUGGUGAUAUUAUUACCAAAGAGAAGUUGAUUGAUGGCUUGUUGAACUGUUGUUCUUUGUGAUUUCUAUUGAGGCAGUGGAAACUGGUGUGGUUGCCAACAGCAUGGAUCCAAAGCCAGGCUAUCAAAGGACAAUGAUAGCCAUUAGUAUAUGAAGGUGUGAAUCUUUUGUGAUUUGGAUGAUCAAAGACUUUUGAGUUUCUCUAUGAGUUGAUCUUCUCCAUGUGUUUUUUUUCUUAUUUAAAUAUUACAUAACACGCAUAAGAUAGAUAGACUUGUUAGAUAUUUCUCUCGGCGAUACACUUGACGAUUUUUAUGUAAGAUGAUAUUGUUUGUGUAAAAUAUGAUAAAUAAAAUAUUAAUUAGAACAUUAAAGAAAAGAAAUGCACUAUAAAGUAUUGGUUGAAUUCCUACUUAAAAGGAUACAAUCAUAUGAUCUUUCCUUGCCUUGUAACAAAUUUUUAUUAGGGGAAUCUUGGGCAUGUAAUAAAACUCUGUUAUGGGUACCGACCACAAAUAAUAGUAGAGAUGUUACUCGUGGCUUCUUGUCUGCCAUCACAACCAGAAUCUCUCUCUAUCUCUCUCUCCCCUGCUGACCCCAUAAGCCACAUGAACACCAUGCUAUUUACAAGCUUCUGUGGUGGCUGGAAAGCAGCUCAGCGUCUGAGGGAAGGCUGUGAGACAUGUACUGAUUGGAAGGGCGAGCUUUUUUCUUCUUCUUUCCUUAUUUGCUCAAGUCCUACUUGUUGAGGGGUGUAAUGAUCAUGGCCGGCAUGCUCCCCGGCGUGGAGUGCGCCCGGCGGCGGCGAUUCCAGAACGGUGGCUCCGUCGACUCCCUAACCAGCUGCUCAAGGAGAUCAGCCUUUCCCCUUUGCACAACCGGGCAUGACAUGCAUCCCAGCAGUAGCAUCUCCAUGCAGAGAUCCAUCAUGAACAAGGAGAUCCAUGAAGAGGCACUUGGACAUACUGCUAGGGAAGCCAGGGAGAGGUUGGAUGCAAGGCUAAGGAUCAAAAGGCACAACAGCUUGGGAUGCAUGAAGCUGGGCAAGAGCGAAGGGUGCAGCCAUGGACGGCUGCACAGGAUCCUUGGCAGCGUGCAGAGGCAGGUGUUCUCUUCCAAGAAGAGUACCAGGAAGUUUAGCUGGAGCAAGUUGAGGUGGAAGGCAUCAGAGCAAGCAGAUUGUGCGGUGUGCUUGGAGGAUUUCCAGGAAGGAGACAUGUUGGUUCACCUGCCAUGCGCUCACAGGUUCCACUGGAAUUGUGUGCUGCCAUGGCUGGAAAGCAGCUCCCAUUGCCCAUGCUGCAGAAUGACAAUCUUUCUUGGAUAGCUGAUCAAUUCUGCAAGUAGCAUUUAAAGAUGGAAAGAUCUUAAUCAGUGUUCUACAGUAAAUUAGUGGACCAAUCUACUAUUCUAUAACUUAGACCGAGCAUUGUAUUAGAGAUUAAGAUUGCUGCAAAAGUUACAGGAGUUUUUUGCUA